GUUUCUAAUCGCUUAUUUCUCUAACUACAUUUCACAAAUUACAUUAAAUUUAAACGAAUUUUUCGCUUCAUUCCCUAGAUCCCGUUGCCCGAGAUGGUGGAAAACUUCCUACGGUUACAACCCUAUGAUGAGGCCCGCGAACUCAUGCCAGGCAUAAUACAGUGCGUGCGCAUGUACGGUAGUCUGGACGCUUGCCAACAUCAGUUCCUGUCCCAGCUCGCCGAGAUCUCCGACCCGAACCGCGACUCAUGGGCGUUCACUGCUGUGACAAGACAACUAAGAGGGCGAAGGAGGGGCAUCGAUGCUCCUUCAAAGUAACGAUGUCUAUGAGGGUAGAGACGGUGGGGAUGUGGCAAAUUGAGGUCAAAGGGCAACACGUCCCUGCCAUAGUUGAGUGGGGUCCUCCGAAAAAGAACUUGCUGAAAACUACAGAGAUGAAGGAAAGACUCAAAGAUGUGGACAUUCAGGCCAUAACAGCAAGAAAACUGGCGCUACAAGUUGUUGGGACCCAUUGGUCACCGUCAGACCAGGCGCUACUGAAUAGAACUUUAUUUGGCGCUGCAUGUCAGCCCAACAAACGCCAGAUUGAGAAUUAUUUGUACCAACAAAGAAAAAAGAUCCACAAGACUGUGUCUUUGGUGCCCUACGCUGACUCGGACAAUGAUGAUGGUGAUGACUCGGACAAUGAUGAUGGUGAUGGCACUGCCUAUGGGCUGGUUUAACGCUGUGAGACACAAAUGUACCCGUUCAGGAUUAAAUUAUUUUGAGGCAUAUAAUUUUAUAUAUAUUUAUAGUUUGUUGUGUUUUUUAGAAUACUUUAUGUCAUCAUUUCACCACUGAUUCUAGUCAUUAUGUUCUUCGAAUGAAAUGUUGUGUUUAAAUAUAUAACUUUUUUAGGAGGUGGGGGGUACAAAUCAAUCUAGUCAAAAUGUUAUUCAAUGUCUAUUUUAAGAAUCUAAAUAUAUUAUGAUUGGUUGUGAUUUUUUUAUAAUGUAUCUCAGUUGUUAUGUAAUUUACUAAUUUCAUCUUUGUUGUAAUGAUCAAAUAAGAAGUCCUAUAUUUCGUUUCGAUAGGGCUUCUUGAUCGGUAACUGUAUGUUGAUCUUUUCUGGGUAUGUUAUCCUAUGUGCAUCAUUCUUGUUUAGACCUGUUUCCAUGAAAUUUCAAAUAAUUUGCUGACAACUCUGUUCUUUUUACAGAGUAAGUUCUAUACCUCGUUUCAAUAGGGCUUACUAAUCGGUAAGGAUGUGUUGAUAUCUUCUGUUAACUUUCAUGUAAAUACAACGCGAUUAAUAUUAUUAUGUAAGGAUUUUUUUACUAUUAUUAAACGUCUCACAUAAUAAGCUUUUCUGCUUUUAUUAUGAUUACAAGAAGUUAAUGUACGUUAAUGUGUGUUUUGUCUACUUGUGUGUGCGUGUGUGCAGUGUGUUAUUGUUUUUUUUUGUAUGUUUCUUGUGAAAAUAUGUUGUGUUCAUGGGCUCAUU